GGUCCAGGAUGUUAUUUUCCCUUGUCGGAAAGCUCACAUGCUGGUAAUAUUUGGGGAGGACAGUCCUGAGGUUACAGUGGUUGAAAUCGCCAGAUAUAAUAAAUACAGCGUCUGGGUGUUUGGUCUCGUGUUUAUCAAUGAUGUCAUGCAGGAGGCCUAGUGCGUUAGCGGUGUUAGCUCGUGGUGGGAUGUAAACAGCAGUUAAAUACACAGCGCUAAACUCACGAGGCAAAUAAAAAGGUCUGCAUUUCACCAUCAGCAGCUCAAUGUCCUGCGAGCAGUGCUUUUCCAUCGUCUGUACGUCUGUGCACCACCGUUUGUUUACGUAAACACAGACGCCGCCACCUCUGUGUUUACCAGACGCUAAAGUCCGAUCUCCCCGGUAAGCAGCAAAUGUUUCCAACUGGAUCGCCGAGUCCGGUAUAUCCUCCGUCAGCCAGGUUUCUGUGAAGGUGUCAGGCAAAGUGCAGCGAUCUGGAGACCCAAGUCCUGGAUCUGAUGCUGGAGCAGCGGGCACUGAGGAAGGACAAGGACGAUGUGACCAGGUACCUGAAACGCGCGCUGGACACCAAGGACAAGAAGGUGGAGAUGCUGAUGGAGCAGGUGGAGAGGCAGCAGGAGGCGGCCGAGCAGGACAAGGAGACCAUGGAGCAGCUCAACAAGCAGCUGGAGCAGCUGGAGGAUCGCAUCACGCAGCUCAACGCCGAGAUUGACAUGCAAGCGGGACAGUUGGAGACGCAGGCGGGACAGCUGGUGGCUCUGGAGGAGAAGCUGGUCCUGCAGAAGAAGCAGCAGGAGGCCGCCAUUCAAAAACUCAAGGAGGAGGCCCAGAGAGACAAGACUAACAUGAUCGCUGAGACGAUGAAGAACAUGGAGGUGGUGUUCGAGGACAAGAUGUCCAAGAUGCUGGAGGAGGAGAGGGCUCAGAACAGCGAGAAGAUGAAGCAGCUGCAGAUGAUGCUGCUGGAGAACACGACACUGUGGCAGGAGAAGGACGUCAUGGCCAAGAGAGAGCUGGAGCUCAGCUGCGAGGUGAGCCGUCUGGAGGACGAGCUCACCAAGAAGCCUCGCAGGAAGCUCAUCCGCAGGAAGUGACCUGAGAGCUUCAACGCUUCUACAUCUUUACACGUGAAACCUAGUCUUCCAUGCAGCUACUUGGCCAACAACUGCAGUGACUUCUUUUGUCCACAGUGGUCGCUAAUGAGCAAAAGUCUCACGCUUUCCAACUCUUAACUCGUUUGUGUCCUUAUCCCGAGUUCAAAAGUCUCAACAAGGGGGCAUCCGGAUUUGAACCGGAGACCUCUUGAGCUGCAAUCAAAUGCUCUAUCACUGAGCUAUAACCCCGCACAGUUCAUACCACCAUGAAGACAAACAUCAGCUGACACACCCACUACUGAAGUUGUCUUCACAUGAUGUUUUCACUAGUUCUUCCUCCCCAGAUCACUAUUUGAUUCCCUGGAGGACACUACUAUUUCCUCAGUAGUCAGUGCAGGCCAGGAACACUUCGUCCUCUCUAACUGUGUGUGUGUGUUGGGGGGGGGGACACUGAGAUUUUUGUCGAAUAAAUAGGUCAAGGGUUGCAUUCCCAAUGUUGAUUUUAAACAGAAAACAGGGUUUUC